CAAAUAGAGAAGCCGUUGGGGUGGAGCAGCUCUGCCAACACAACCAGGCACAAAAAAAAAAUGGUGCUCAGUCAACGAUAGCAAUAUGAACUGUCACUCAUCAGCCCGUUGGCCUCACUGACUGACACGGUUACCUUAUCAACAGACCGGGCAGACCUCGUCUGUAUGGCGGGUCUGUCCUAUUUAGUGCUCCGGUUCUCGGGCUCCGCUGGUCGGACUUACGGAGUGUUUUCCAAAGGCUUGACGAGGACUUUGUUGAUAUUUUUUGAUCUUGCAUGGCGACUGCGAAUCAGAUUCCCUUAUAUCUACCUGGUCGCUUCGAUGAUGUUUAAUGUCAGGUUACAGGUCCACAUUGAAAUCCACUGAAUCUUCUCCUGUUUUUGGACUUGACCCCAUAAAUUGUGGGCAAUGCCACGUUUCAGCCCUCUAAAAGAAACUGUCUGACACUGCACAGCGAUGUGGAGGAAGCGGACGCUUAAAUCUGUGUGCCGAUGCAAGGGUCAGCCCUCGCCCAGUGCCUUUUCGCAGGGGGGAGGACAACAGUGAAGACUGCGGUGAUGUGUGAGGGCGGAGGGGGAAUCGCUGCCCUCCGUUAACCCUCUUAACCCGCCACCUGAGAUCCAGGAGCCGUCUGUCCUGUCCGUGGAGAUCGUGUCGAGUGAAUAGUGGAUUUUGUCACUGCCUCUUCUCUCUGGAUAUCGAGGAUUUUGGCGUGGAUUUGAAAACAGUUGAUUGUUACGGUGGUACUUUGUAGCCACUCUUCAUUGUUUCACAUGUAUGUUUAUUAGGUGGUCAACAUCCCGCUUUAAUUUAAAAAGUAAAUAUCUACGCCGCAUGACACAAACAAGCAUGUUUUUUUGUCCUCUGUGGCUCGGGGGUAAGCUGUGUAAGCGGUACAUGUGGAGGUUUGCAGGAGAGCAGUAGGCCUACAGCUGCCACUACUGGAAAUUCACAGUCUGUCAUUAAAGUGCAGUGUCAAUGGGAGCCACUGCAUGUCUUCUUUGUGUGCGCAGACACACGUCGUCUCGCUCAUUGUGGUUCUUUCUGCAUAUCACUGGAAAGGCGUUAGUGAAAAAAUGUUACCUGCAAAGUUGAUUCUUUUUUUAGCUGCAUUUGUUUUUAUUCCUGUGAAAAAAUGUAAAGAUUACUGAAUUUGGGUAGUAAUAAAUGAAUGAAGUCACGAUUCUCAGCCUUUUCUGUCCUAAUAAACAUUCAUUCAUUUUCUAGGUUUGCUAAAGUGCCUUUUAAAGUAUUCAAAUACAAAGCUGAGUUACUUUUUUCUAUUCCCAUACAUACAGUAUACACUAGAGCCUAUUUUCAACCCAGAGAUAUUCUCUAUUUAAGGAGAGUUAAUUUGCAUUGCCGGUAAUCUACAUCAACAUCCGAAGCAUGAAACUGAAAGAAAACACCUCCAAAGGAAUAUUUAUUAACAAAAUGUACAAGAUCAUGUCACCUCCCUUGACACAUAUUGUAAAUAGCCCAGCCAUUUAUUUUAAGAAAUCCUGUUGCACGAACGGUUGCAGUACCAGAUCUGUCCACACGGGGGAAGCAUCCUGUCACUGUGCUGGAUCCACCUCUCGUGAUGUAACAGACAUCACGAGCUGUCAACAAUCCCUGAAGAGGAUACAGGGGAGAAUACGGAAGCUGUAA